AUGAUGAGCUCCACCUUCUCUUCAUCAUCUUACCUGAGCUUCAGUUUGUCUCCCCCUGCUGCUCACCGUGAGGAUCGCAGCACCUCUCAGCACUCUCUGUCCGGCUCUGUCCCCUUCUUCCUCUACCCCUCCAGCAUGGACCCCUACAAGGGCCCUCUGAGGGGCCCCGGCCCCAGGAUCCUGCCCUACCUGGCCCCCUUUCACCACCACGGACACUUCAGCGUGUACGAGUGUCCCUUCGAGCCGGCGUUCAUCCAGAAACGUAACGAGCGAGAGCGUCAGAGGGUGAGAUGCGUGAACCAGGGUUACGCCAAACUGAGGGACCACCUGCCGGGUCAGAGCACCGACAAGCGGCUCAGUAAGGUGGAGACACUGAGGGCCGCCAUCAGGUACAUCAAAUACCUGCAAGGCCUGGUGGAGCUGGAGGACAGCGGACUCAACACCUCGUCUCCUGGACCGGACUGUGGAGGAGGGUCAGAGGGAGUCACGUGUUAA